AUCUUUUACGCGCUCCCCACACGUUAAACCCUGCAUUAAAGCUUCAGUACAAAUAACGAAAACACACACACACAGUCACACCAAAUAAGAAUAUGGCUCACAAUAUUCUUAUCAUAAUUGCUAUCUUCACUACUUUCACUUCCGCAACCGCCGGUCGUCUCAUCACCACCACCACCACCGCCACCAAUUCCUCCUCUGAUAUCGUAAAUGACGGUGUUCACGGUGGUUCCAGAGGUGUACUUCGUCUAAACCCCUUCCUAUCCUUAUCAUCUUCGACUGAGGAAUCAGGAAUCUGCGAGCAGACUUAUGGAUUUUUGCCUUGCACCACCACCGUAUUUGGCAACCUCUUCCUCAUUCUGGUCUACGGUUACCUUAUGUUCAUCGCCGCUACUUACCUUUCCGCCGGUAGUGAGCUGAUGUUGGAGAUUUUAGGUCCGGGCAUCGUCGGCGGCCUGUUUCUUCCAGUUCUCGGCGCUCUUCCAGACGCUAUGCUCAUUCUAGUAUCAGGAUUAUCUGGAAGCUCAGAAACAGCUCAAGACCAAGUUUCUGUUGGCAUGGGAUUAUUAGCUGGAUCAACUGUCAUGCUUUUAACUGUCAUAUGGGGAACAUGUAUCAUUGUAGGAAAAUGUGAUUUACAAAACUCAAUUGCUAUAGAUAACCAAGAUACAAAAGGAUUCAACUUAUUAGGCUCUGGUGUAAGUACUGAUAUUUGGACAAGCUAUUCAGCAAUGAUAAUGGCUGUAUCUUUGCUCCCUUUUAUAGUUGUUCAAUUCCCACAAAUCAUGCAUUCAACUUCUGGAAGACACGUGGCAGUGUUGAUUGGGCUUAUAGUCACCAUUUCCCUUUUAAUCGCAUACUGCAUUUAUCAGGUGUAUCAGCCUAAUAUACAGAAGAGACGCAUUGCAUUUGCAAAGCAUAAGCAUGUAAGGUCUAGAAUUCUCAACUACUUGAAAACAAACGCAUAUGAAGGAUUUUUAGAUGAUAAAGGACACCCAAAUCGAGAAGUUUUAUUCAGGCUAUUUAACUCGGUUGACGUGAAUGGAGACAAACACCUUUCACAAGCGGAACUAAGAGCACUAGUCGUAGGAAUGCAAUUAAACGACAUAAAUUUAAACGAAGAUGAUGCCGUUCUUAAAGUCAUGAAAGAUUUCGACACAUCUGGAAAUGAUGAAAUAGAUUUUGAAGAAUUUGUAUCCGGAAUCACAAAAUGGAUCGACGAAGCCAAAAGUACAAUACUAGCUUCUCAUGUUUCUGGUCCUGACACAACAAAUUACUUUCAUGACUAUUACGAGGAAACAAAGAGAGAACACUAUCUUUUGGGAGAUGAAGGAGGUGAUCAUGAUGAAGAGAAUGGUGUAAAUGAUCCUCAAUGGACAACGAUAAAGGCGUUGUUAUUUUUGUUAUUGGGUACGAUUGUUGCUGCUUUAUUUGCUGAUCCAUUGGUGGAUGCUGUUGGGGGGUUUUCUUCUGCUACAAAUAUUCCGUCUUUUUUUAUCUCGUUCAUUGUGUUGCCAAUAGCGACAAAUUCGAGUGAAUCUGUGUCGGCUAUCAUCUUUGCUUCUCGCAAAAAGCAAAGAUCUGCUUCACUAACUUUUUCGGAGUUAUAUGGGUCUGCAACGAUGAACAAUUUGCUUUGCCUAUCAGUAUUCUUGGCACUUGUUUACGUGCGAGGACUAACAUGGGAUUUUACAUCAGAAGUUCUUGUUAUUGUGAUUGUUUGCAUUGUGAUGGGUGUAUUUGGUAGUUUGCGUACGACAUUCCCUCUUUGGACAUGUUUCAUUGCGUUUGUUCUUUACCCGUUCUCCCUUGUUCUUGUAUACAUUCUCGACUAUUGGUAUGGUUGGUCAUAGAUUCAACCAAUGUUGUGGUUGGUUGUAAAAUAUUGAUUUUAGCUUAAAGCUAACAAGUUAUGUACUCGUAUAUAUAUGUCAUAGAUUUCUUUGUAAUUAUUUAAUUAAUAGGUAGCUAAUUAGUUUUAGUAA